AUGAGUUACAUUGUUCGCCAGGGUGCGUUGAACGAUAAACCUGUUUUGGGAGUUUCAAUCAAUUACCGUCUGGCAGCUUUUGGUCUUUUGGAUUCUGAGGAGGUUCGGGCCUCUGGGAAUAACAACCUGGCGCUUCGAGAUCAGCGGAAUGCUAUGCGGUGGGUGAAACAGAACAUCGAGGCGUUUGGUGGAGAUCCGGAUAAGGUCACGAUCUGGGGGGAAUCUGCGGGUGCCUAUAGCGUCGGGGCGCACUUGAUCGCUAAUGACGGGGAUAAUGAAGGUCUUUUCCGAGCAGGUGGGCUUCACCCCAUUUUGAUUGAUGGGCCAGUUUCUAAUUCAACAGCUAUCAUGGAAUCUGGAAAUGCCAAUGGGCCUCCCUGGAAUGGGACAGAGUGGUACCAGCCAAUGUACGAUCGCAUCUCGAACAAAACAGGGUAUGAUUAUCUUUGA